CUCUGAAACAAAGCAGUGGAUCCAUCGAUGGACACCUCCUCCGAGACACGCAACGCACGCACACGUCGCCCGUACAUCUAGCUAGCUCCCUCCCUCUAGCCUAGUACUAGCCUCCUCUAUUUUGUUCUCUUCCGCCGCGUCCUCCACGACUCCGCCUCCACCACUCGCCGCCGUCGCCGCCGCUGCCGCUGUGUGCGACGAUGGCCUCUGCCGCGGCGUCGCGACCCCCGCCGCCUCCGCCGCCGCCGCCCGCUGCGGGGGUGGGGGCGCAGUGGCUUAGCCCCAGGGUGUCGUUCAGCCUUGACGACGCGGGGGGUGGUGGUGGGGGUGGGGGUGGGGGGAGAGGGGAGGUGGCGGGGAAGGGGAGCGCCGACUUCGAGUUCCUCCUCGCGGCGGGGUGCUCCGCGGUGUCGAUGCUCCCCGCGGACGAGCUCUUCUCCGGCGGGAAGCUCGUGCCGCUCCGCCUCCCUGCUGCGGUGACGUCCGCGCCGGUGGGUGGCGAGGGGGUGGGGCUGUCGAAGACGGCGACGGGGACGGGGGUGGUGAGUCCGUCGGUGGAGGUGGGGACGGCGAGGGUGGAGGUGGCGGAGGCGGCUGCAGUGGCGCCGGUGGUGGUGGUGGAGGCUAAGAUCCCGGCGAGGCGGUGGCGGGAUCUCCUCCGGCUGAGGAAGCAGCAGGCGUCGUCGCCGUCUGCGGCGGCGGCGACGUCGUCCGAGCCCAAGCCGCUCCGUCGUCUCCUCCGCCGCGGGCCCAAGCCGCCGGAGCCGGAGCCCUCGCUCAGCCUCCCGCUCCUCCGCGAGUCGGCCGCCGGCGAGCCGGACACCAAACACGACAAACCGGAGAAGCCUUCACCGGCGCCCGCGUCCACCCCGACGCCGACCACGACGCCGCCAUCGCCAUCCCCGCCCCAGCAACUACCCCCCAAGAUCCGCCUCUCCCCGACGCAAGCCACUGCACCCCCGCCGCCUCCUCCACCUCCCCCACCACCCGCCGUCGCGGCCGACAGCCCGCGCCUCAACGCCGCCGGCAAGGUCGUCUUCAACGGGCUCGGCCGCAGCUCCAGCAGCCCGAGCAGCCUCGCCGGCGGCCGCCGCCACCGCAACGGCGGCGGGAGCAUCGAGCGGUCGUACUCGGCGCACGUCCGCGUCGCCCCCGUCCUCAACGUCCCCGUCUGCUCCCUCCGCGGCUCCCGCAAGUCCGUCUCCGUCUUCGGCAUCGACCGCCUCUUCUCCCCCUCCUCCACCUCCACCUCCUCCUCCUCCUCCGCCGCCGCCUCCAAGAAAGGCAAGCUGGCCAAGAAAGACGUAACCACCACCACCACCGCCGCCGCCAUGGCCGCCGCACCUCAGUAACUUCCUACCACCACCGCCAUGACAAAAUCACAAUUCACCAUCAUUGCUGAGAGCUUCCUCUUCUUCUUCCUCCUCAUUUUCUAUUAAUCUUUUUUUUGGUGUGUGAAUGCUGCUGCUUAAUUAUGCUAAUGAUUAAUUAAGCAAGCUCUCUCUCUACUACUACUUCUACCAGUAAAUCAGUAAUCACCUCUUCCAAUUCUACUGUUUCUUGCAGACAACUUAAUAGUACUACAGCUACUACUACUACUUUGCAUGUAAAUACAAGUGAGUGAGCGAGCUAGCGAUUCUGAUUAAUCAAAUUAACUUCUCCAUGUUCUUCUAUGGUUUUCUCAACACUUUUUCUUGUACUACUGUACACUCAUCUACUGAACUGUGAGUACAAAUGCAUGGAUGGUGAUGAACUCAUUCACUUGCACAGCUGCAUCGGAAUUCGGAGCCCAAAGCAUUGUGCUUGACUCUGCUUCUGCUUGUGCCUGAGAAAAUAAGUUGCAGUACUACUAGCAAACUGGGAAAGCUUCGAGCUAUGCAUGCAUGCUCGAGCAAAGUACCGGCAGCAAGAGUGUCAGUCAGAUACUCGGGUUUGUUUUGUGCUGCUGCUACUGUACUACCCCUCCUCCAUGGAAGUAUGGAACGCACGCAGUAGCUGCAGCAUUUGUAGCUUUGUUUUGUGUAGUAGUACCAAACGCCACAUUUUACGGCAUCUCCCCUCUCACACUGUCGGGAAGACGUUGGCAGCUUCACACAUUGCACAAUUUGUUUCAGAAAUCAU